UGUUUGUAUGUAUUCACUUCCAUUUAAUUAUUUAAAAACAUUUCCAAAAAAAAUAUUUAGAUAAUAUUUAUGUAAAUUAUUGCAAAGAAAUCGCACCACCAGUUCGUUGUUCCCUCUCUAGACUCUUCACUUCAUUGCCUUCUUUAUUUAAGGUAGGUGUAGUAUUUUGUGGAAAUGGCGACUGGGACUGUGCCAGCUUCAUUUUCGGGUUUGAAGAGCAGGGACUUAGGCUUCGGUUUAGCAAAAAGUAUGGAUUUUGUGAGAGUUUGUGAUUUGAGAAAGUGCAAAUCUGGCAGAAGAAGAGUCUCUGUGAUAAGGAAUUCAAAUCCUGGUUCAGAUAUUGCUGAGCUUCAGCCUGCAUCAGAAGGAAGUCCUUUAUUAGUUCCUAGACAAAAGUAUUGUGAAUCCAUUCACAAAACUGUCCGAAGGAAAACAAGGACAGUGAUGGUGGGAAAUGUGGCUCUUGGUAGUGAGCAUCCCAUCAGAAUUCAAACAAUGACUACAACUGACACUAAGGAUGUUGCUGGAACUGUUGAACAGGUAAUGAGAAUAGCAGACAAGGGAGCAGAUAUUGUUCGGAUAACGGUUCAGGGGAAGAAAGAAGCAGAUGCUUGCUAUGAGAUCAAGAACUCUCUUGUGCAGAAAAAUUACAAUGUACCUCUGGUGGCAGAUAUUCAUUUUGCUCCUUCUGUUGCACUGCGAGUUGCUGAAUGCUUUGACAAAAUUCGUGUCAACCCGGGAAAUUUUGCUGAUAGACGAGCUCAAUUUGAGAAGCUAGAGUACACAGAAGAGGACUAUCAAAAAGAGCUUGAGCAUAUUGAGCAGGUCUUUACUCCAUUAGUUGAGAAAUGUAAGAAGUAUGGAAGGGCAAUGCGUAUUGGGACAAACCAUGGGAGCCUUUCAGAUCGUAUUAUGAGCUACUAUGGGGAUUCUCCCAGGGGAAUGGUUGAAUCUGCUUUUGAGUUUGCAAGGAUUUGCAGAAAGUUGGACUACCACAACUUUGUAUUUUCUAUGAAAGCGAGCAACCCAGUUGUCAUGGUCCAGGCAUAUCGUCUGCUUGUAGCUGAAAUGUAUGUUCAUGGCUGGGAUUAUCCAUUACACUUGGGUGUCACUGAAGCUGGAGAAGGUGAAGAUGGUCGUAUGAAAUCUGCCAUUGGCAUUGGGACCCUUCUUCAGGAUGGUUUGGGUGAUACAAUCAGGGUUUCACUUACAGAACCACCAGAGGAGGAGAUAGAUCCGUGCAGAAGGUUGGCCAACCUGGGUAUGAGAGCUGCUGAUCUUCAGCAAGGAGUGGUGCCAUUUGAGGAAAAGAACAGACAUUAUUUUGAUUUUCAGCGUCGACCUGGUCAACUACCAAUGCAAAAGGAGGGUGAGGAGGUAGAUUAUAGAGGGGUUCUGCACCGUGAUGGCUCAGUUCUUAUGUCAGUUUCUCUGGAUCAGUUGAAGGCACCUGAACUACUAUACAAGGCACUUGCAGCAAAACUUGUUGUUGGAAUGCCAUUUAAGGAUCUAGCGACAGUAGACUCUAUCUUGUUAAGAGAGCUUCCACCAGUUGAUGAUCAUGAUGCUCAUCUGGCUCUCAAGCGGUUGAUAGAUAUAAGUAUGGGGGUUAUAACUCCUUUGUCUGAGCAGCUGACAAAGCCAUUGCCCAAUGCCAUGGCUCUGGUAAAUCUAAAGGAGUUAUCAACUGGUGCUUACAAGCUUUUGCCUGAAGGAACACGUUUGGCUGUGUCAUUACGAGGUGAUGAAUCCUACAACGAGUUGGAAAUCCUCAAAGACAUUGAUGCGACUAUGAUUCUUCAUGAUUUACCCUUUACUGAAGACAAAAUUAGCAGAGUGCAUGCUGCAAGGAGGCUCUUUGAAUAUCUGGCAGAAAAUAAUAUAAACUUCCCUGUAAUUCACCAUAUUCAGUUUCCAAAUGGGAUUCACAGGGAUGACUUGGUCAUUGGUGCCGGAGCUAAUGCAGGAGCUCUUCUAGUAGAUGGACUUGGAGAUGGUGUACUGUUGGAAGGCCCUGGCCAGGAAUUUGAUUUUCUUAGGAAUACAUCUUUCAACUUACUACAAGGUUGCAGAAUGCGAAAUACAAAGACGGAGUAUGUCUCAUGUCCUUCAUGUGGCAGAACUUUAUUUGAUCUUCAAGAAAUAAGUGCGGAGAUACGCGAGAAAACAUCACACCUGCCAGGAGUUUCAAUUGCAAUCAUGGGUUGCAUUGUCAAUGGACCUGGGGAGAUGGCUGAUGCCGACUUCGGAUACGUUGGUGGGUCCCCUGGAAAGAUCGACUUAUAUGUUGGGAAGACUGUGGUGAAGCGUGGAAUUGCAAUGGAGCAAGCAACUGAUGCGUUGAUUCAGCUGAUAAAAGAUCACGGAAGGUGGGUUGACCCUCCAGCCGAGGAGUAAUUUCAGGUGGUUCUGGUAAGUAUCAUAAUAAAGCCGCAAUUGAAGGGGGAUCACCAUACACAUUACACACCCUGUUUCUACAUUGAAAUCAACAUGGGGUUAAAAAAAAUUACACAAUAAGAACAGUACUGGGGAAAUUAUCCCAUGAGAUCAAGUAUACAUUAGAUAACGAGGACGGUGAUUUGUUCCUCAAAUUUAUUUACAAAAUGAUGUUGUAACUCUGCCCAUCAAUAUUAAAUAUAGUAUUUCUGAUACAA